AUGGCCCUCAGCGCCUCUGUUCUCGCUGCUCCAGUGGAGAACAUCAGCGCUAUCAGCCAGACCAACAAGCGUGGAUUGAUCGACAUUGACGCACUCAUCAACAUUCUCUCCAACGAAAGCCACAGUCAUCACGGUUACCACAAGCGUUCCGAUGAUGAACUCAUCGACGUCGAUGCUUUGGUUAACGCCCUCUCAAACGAACAAGUCCACAAGCGUGGAGGUUCUCUUAUCGACAUCGACCUCGUCCUCAACCUCCUUUCAAACCUCAAAGGACACAAACGUGGUGAUGGCCAAUUAAUCGACAUCGACGCUGUUGUCAACUUGCUCUCAAACUUGGAAAGUCACCACUUCAAGCGUGGUGGUCAAUGGCAACACAAGGAAGCUCACUACCAGGAUGGUAAACUCAUUGACGCCAACGUUGUCGCAAACAUACUCACUAACCAUCACAAGCGCGGUGGUUCUCUGAUCGACAUUGACCUCAUCAUUAACCUCCUCUCAAACCUCAAGAGCCACAAGCGUGGCGGGGAGUUGAUCGACAUUGAUGCAGUUAUCAAUGCUCUCAACAAUCAACAAAGUCACUUUAAGCGUGACGGCUCUCUGAUCGACAUUGACCUCAUCGUCAACCUCCUCUCAAAUCUCAAGAGCCACAAGCGUGGUGGGGAGUUGAUCGACAUUGACGCCCUUAUCAACAUUCUCUCCAACGAGGAAAAAAACAGUCAUGGUCAUGGUCACGGUCACCACAAGCGCGGCGGCGAGCUUAUCGACGCCAAUGUUGUCGCCAACGUUCUCAACAACAGCCAUAAGCGCGGUUUUAUUGAUAUCGACGCUCUCGUUAACGUCGUGGGGAGUCACUUCAAGCGCGGUUUGAUUGAUAUCGACGCUCUCGUCAACGUUCUUUCAAACCUCUCAGGCCACAAGCGCAGCGGUGGAUUGAUCGACAUUGACGCUCUUAUCAAUAUCCUUUCCAACAAGGAGAAGUCUCACGGUUACCACCACAAGCGCGGUGAAGACUGUCCAGAAGACCAGCAAGGUGGUCAAGAUGGUCAAUGGAGCACCCACCAAGAUUCUUCAUACGAGCAACACAAAGAUUCUUCAUACGAGCAACACAAGGAUGGCUCAUACGAGCAACACAAAGACGGCCAAUGGAACGGUAACCAAGAUGGCUCUUAUGACCAGAACCAAAAUGGCUCAUACGAAGUGAACAAAGAUGGCUCAUCUGAACAAAACAACAGCGGCUCUUACGAGCAAAACAACAGCGGUCAAUGGGGUGACGAUCAAUCCUGUGGUGACAACUGCGGUGAUGGCCAAUGGGGUGAAAACAACGGCGGAGACAAGAACAAGGACGAUGCCGACUGUGAUGAGAACAAGGAUGACCAAUCUGGCGGAAACAACGGCGGCUCAUGGGGUGAAAACAACGGUGGCUCAUCCAACAACAACAACGGCGGCUCAUGGGGUGAAAACAACGGUGACUCAUCCAACAACAACGGUGGCCAAUGGGGUGACGACCAAUCCUAUGGCUCAUCUGAACAAAACAACAGCGGCUCUUACGAGCAAAACAACAGCGGUCAAUGGGGUGACGAUCAAUCCUGUGGCGACAACUGCGGAAGCAGCGGUGGCCAAUGGGGCGACAAGCAAUCAAACGAUGACAACGGCGGUGGCCUCCUUGAUUUAGAUCUUGGCGCAAACAUUCUCUCCAACAUUUUGAAGCGUGGCGGCUCUCAGCCUUCUCUCAUCGAUGUUGAUGCUGUCGUCGACGCCCUCUCAAACAUCAAGACCCACAAGCGCGGUGGCCAAUUGAUCGAUAUUGAUGCUCUUAUCAAUAUCCUUUCCAACCAACAAAAUCACUUCUAA